GGCCCUGUCCUCCUGGCCCUCCUCCUCUCCUCCUCCUGGCCUGCCAUGAUCCCUGGGCCCAGGCCUCCGACUGCAGCUGGAAAGGCAGUGGAUUGAGGUGGGAGCCCCACUCUCGAGCUGUGGAACAGGUCCACCUCCGCUGCACUGAGGGCUUCCUGGAAUGGAUGUACCCAGCACGAGCCCUCCGUGUUAUCCUGGAGCCCAACCUCUCCAACGCCCAACACACCACCAUAUGCAUCAAGCCAUCCAACAACUUUCAAGGGGCCAACAUUUAUGUGGAGCGAGACGGACAGCUGCACCUGUUGGUGAGUGACACUGAGGAACCCCGCCUGCAUCAUGUGUCCUGCUUCAGCACCCCUGCCCCUCACCGGGUGGCCCUCUUCCUACAGGCCAGCCCCCAGAAGGACAUCAGUCGCAAGACCGCCAGUUUCCAAUAUGAGUUAUUCAGCAACCAGAGUGCCACCGGUCCAGACCUCCAGAAAAUGGCCCUUGUAGAAGCCAUGUGCCACCCUUGUAACAACAUGGAACUUCUCAUGGCCAUUUGCAGCAGCGAUUUUGUGGUGAGAGGAUCAAUCCAAAAUGUUACACAUGAUUCAGAGAAUCACAUCUCCCAGGUUGACGUCAAUGUACAGCAGGUCUACAGGCAGAAAAACCGUAUCUUUCAGCAAGAUAAACUGACUGGAGAGUGGAGAGGGACCAUCAAAACCUUGCUGCAGUGUAAGGUGAAGAAAGGCACAGGAGACUUCCUCUUCACAGGCAAUGAACACUUUGGUGAAGCUUGGUUGGGCUGUGCUCCAAGAUUUAAAGACUUUAGUGCUGUAUAUCAAAGAGCCAGAGAGAAAGGAGCAAACCCCUGCGAGUUUCAUUUUGACUGAUGAAGCAGUAACAAGGAAAUGGAUUUCAGAAUUUAUUUUCAUUUUUAUUUUUUGGUAUAGAAGAAAUGUACUGAUAAUGAGAUUUGGUACAGGUGGAAUGUUUACAUGUUAUGUGUUCAAGCCAGCUACUAAAGGGCAGGUUUGCAUCAGGAAGCCUUUGUCAGAGAUUCAAAUCUUGGGUAAGCUACCUUCUUCUCACCACAUUUCCAAAUCUGUAAAAAAAGGAACAGUAGUGACCUACCUCACAGGGCUGUUGUGAGGACAAACAAUAAAGAAUAUAAAGCACCUUGCAAGUUAAAUAAUAAAUACUA